AUGCCGAUUUCCACAAAUGAUGUCAAAGUCGAUGUCGACGAAGAAGUAGGCCUUUGCGGUCGAAUAGACGGGACACAUGAGUUGGUUGGCCAGCGCUGCCACUUGUGUCCACGUCUGGGAACACGUCUGAAUAAUUUGGACAUUAAAUUCGCGCAAAACAGAGACGAAGACAUAAUUGCAAAGAGUGGACCAAUUGAAGCCACAGUUGUAGUCAUUUGUGACAAUAUUUCUGAUCUGAAAAAUGCUUUCAUCGAAACACUUAUGAUAUUUGUCGACAUCAAUGGAUCCGUCGAAGACAACGAUUGGCACAAUUUGACACUGUUGGACAAAGCGGUGGACACUCGAUGUGGACAUACCUUCUGUCACGAGUGUCUCAAUCAAUGGCUCUCAAGACCGCAGACCACCAAAGAGUGUCCCGAAUGUCGACAACCGUUGGCCUCAAGAAAGCGGUCCCGAAGUCAGACCAUAGGAGACAAUAGUUUGGUAAUCGGAGGCAAUGUUUUGGUGGAGAAAAAUCGGCGCAUAAAUGAAAUGAUCGGGAAAUUGAAGAUCAGAUGUGAUUACGAGUGGAACGGAUGUCCAGAAGUGUGUCCAUUGGAGUCGUUGUCCACUCAUCUCAAGACAUGUCAACACAAAUUGUGUCAAACAUGUGGUCUAUCUGUGAAUCCCAUAAGUGAUGACCACAACUGUAUUGAAGACAUGAAGAGAGACCGAAAUGAAUGGCAAAAGAAGUGCAAUGAAUGGACACAAAGAGCUCAAGAAUUGGAGACAGAAGUGAAAGAUUUUGAAGAAAAAUCAAUGGAUUUUGAGUUGAAAUACAAGACAAACACAAAUAAAUGGCAAAAGAAAUGCAAUUCAUUGACACAAAAGACCAAAGAAUUGGAGAUAAAACUAAAGGUUUCUGAGGAAAUGGCAUUGGAUUUGGAGUCUAAAUAUAAACAAACGAAGAAUCCGAGCGAACACUUGAUUAUCAUUGAAUUGAAUGAAGCGAUGAAAGAGAUAUUUCUGUUUCAAUUGCGAAAGAAAUGCUGUAAUAAUCGUAAGUUUGAAUACAAGACAAUUGACUCAAAGACCGCACAACACAUGCUAUCGAGAGCUAAGAUUCCAAUAAUUGAAUCGACAAAAUCUUAAACAUUUUAUAAAUUUUUAAAAACCAC